AAGAGGGUGUGAGAGAGUCAUGUCUGAGAGAGUCAGUCAUUCAGUGAAUCGUUCCCUCUUCUUGUGCACCGAGGCAAACAGUUGCAAGCUCCCAACUACAGAGUGCUUCUGCUGGACUCGAGCUCUGCCCUAAGCCGCUGAGGAACCGCAGACGCUGGAGGAGGAGGUGGAGGAAAAGGAGGAGGGACACCGGUGAACAGAUUAAAGCCCUCUCUGCUCCUCUCUCUCUUUCAUUCCCUCCGAGUGAGGAGAGAUAACUCUGGGCUCUGCAUGCUGUAAUCACAUUGCUUCUGUGUAAUUUGCUCCUCUCCAUUACUUGUCCUUCCUCUUCUUUUUUUAAACUCUGCUGCGGUCUGGAGGAAAGGCACCAUUCUAAGGGACUUGUGCCUCUCGCGUGCUUUUCCCCUUUUCCCUUUCCUUCUCGCUCUCUCUCUCCUUCUUUCUCUCUUUAAAUGUGAGUGGAAGGUGGAAUUGGGGGAGUGAUUUAGGGAGUGGGAUAAAGCGUUGUGGCCAGCUGGAGAGAUGGGCAAAUCCAACAGCAAACUAAAGCCUGAGGUAGUGGAAGAUUUGUGCAGAAAGACCUACUUCACAGAGAAGGAAGUACAGCAGUGGUAUAAGGGUUUUAUUAAAGACUGCCCCAGUGGUCAACUGGACUCUUCUGGCUUUCAGAAAAUCUACAAACAGUUCUUCCCCUUCGGUGAUCCAACCAAAUUUGCCACAUUUGUCUUCAAUGUCUUUGAUGAGAACAAGGAUGGACGCAUUGAGUUUGCAGAGUUUAUUCAAGCUCUGUCUGUCACAUCAAGAGGAACACUGGAUGAAAAACUCAGAUGGGCCUUUAAACUUUACGAUCUUGAUAAUGAUGGCUACAUAACUCGCGAUGAGAUGCUGAACAUCGUGGACGCCAUCUACCAGAUGGUGGGGAACACAGUGGAGUUACCUGAAGAGGAAAACACACCAGAAAAAAGAGUUGAUCGCAUCUUUGCUAUGAUGGAUAAGAAUGCUGAUGGGAUGUUGACUCUACAGGAGUUUCAGGAGGGCUCUAAGGCUGACCCGUCUAUUGUACAGGCACUCUCCCUUUAUGAUGGACUGGUUUAGGACCAUCUCAAAGUGACAUUCAGUAAUCAAUACAACACAUUUAUGUCAUUCUGCUGGCACUGUGAGAGGAAAGCUGACCUGUCACCAAUCUCCUGGACAUGCCAACACAGAGGUGCGUUGUGGGAAAUGCUCUUGGGAGGCGAUCAGCUGUCAAUCACUCAUCCCCACUGUCACUGGAAAACCAAAAUCCUUUGAAGAACUCAAUCGGGAAGAAAUAUGCACACUAAAAGAUGGCUCCAGUGCCCUUUUGUGUGAAUGAAAAAAGAGACACUCAUAAGGACAGUGACUUUGAGGGCAUCCACAUCAGUGUUAUUAAAUGUGUAUAAGUCAUAUAAUCUAAACACCAAUGAGUUAAUGGUGUUUGUUUGCCAUAAGUGAUUGAAUGGACCUAGCUGGAUUUUGGUCUAGACUUCGCUACACGAUGAAACAAGAUGAAGUUGCAAGCACUGGCAUUGAACAACAUGUAUUUAUUUAGAUAACAUUUAUAUGUAAAUCAGCAGCAUUCAACAAUAAACAACAACUGAUCAUUAGGCCUUAUAAAUCCAUUGCUUAUUCUUCAGAAUCAGUAGUUAAACUUCAAUAACCCCAACGUAUUAUUAUAUGAGACUGUAUCUGCUGACAUGCUUGACCCACAGGCAGUCUUACUGUGCCCUUUGUGAUGUAGAAUGCAACUUUUCGACAGUAUUACAUAUGACUGUUGUGAUGGUGUGGGCGUAAAUGUGAUGCAUUCAACACUCAUCUUGUACCAGUACAAAUAUAUAUAACAAUCUCCACACAUGCCCACAGUAUUCGAAAAUCUGCACAUUGUUGGUAUAUUUAUAUUUCUGGUAAUGUUGGCUGGGUGUGGAUAAAAUUACACUACUUUGAAAUGAGCUACUGUCAUGUUAUUUUUUUUGAAGCCCAACAUUUUGUCUUUUUAACAUUGUCAUCUGGUAAUGUUACAUGGUCGUCUGCUGUCCACUUACAAAAUGCAUCGUUGAGUUUGUCUUCAUGUCACCCAGACACUGCAGUAGAUGAAAUAUUGUGGUUAUGGGGUAACAAUAAUGCAGUAUAAUCCUAAUGGGCUCUCUUAAAUAAUUUUUUUUUUAAGAAAA